ACCACUGAGGCUUUAGGUUGCCUCCCCAGUCGUGGAUAUAUAGUGGCCUGAGGUGGAAAGGCAAGGAUCCGAAUUCUCGAAAUCUAAGACAAAUCUUCAAACAUGAGCGGAAGAGGCAAAACCGGUGGCAAGGCAAGGGCAAAGGCCAAGACUCGUUCAUCCCGGGCUGGGCUUCAGUUCCCCGUUGGUCGUGUGCACAGGCUGCUGCGUAAAGGCAACUAUGGUGAGCGCGUGGGAGCUGGCGCACCCGUCUACCUGGCUGCAGUGCUCGAGUACUUGACCGCUGAGAUCUUGGAGUUGGCUGGCAACGCCGCUCGUGACAACAAGAAGACUCGUAUCAUUCCCCGCCAUCUGCAGCUGGCCGUGCGCAACGACGAGGAGUUGAACAAACUGCUCGGUGGAGUCACCAUCGCUCAGGGUGGUGUGCUGCCCAACAUUCAGGCUGUGCUUCUGCCCAAGAAGACCGAGAAGUCCAAGUAAAUCUGCUCCCGACUUCCCUGAACACAACGGCUCUUUUAAGAGCCACCCACACAUCCAGAAAAGAGCAAUUUUCAAUGUCUGACCGAAACCAUGAUGAAACUAAAAUAUACAUAUAAAUUGGCUAUAUACUGACAUAGUUAUGAAUAAUGGAGAUUGCUCGGUUACUAUCACUAUCUCCAAAACACUGGCCUUCUACUGAUAUAGCCUAAACGGGCUAAAAAAAAGAAUGUGCCAAGACGCUCGAUAUAUGAGGCACCGGAAGGGAAUUGCUUAGCCAUUAUUAAUACAAAGACUCGUUGACUUUCCAAGUAUGUUUCCCCGCAUUAGACGCCAGCACAGUCAGUUGCUAUGCAUUCAUCCACGACUAUCAGCUAAUACACAUCUUGUGUGUUGAUGAAUGCAUUUAAACGUUCCACUUGAAAAUGUUUCAGACA